CCAGUCGCCGGCAGGAGGCGGGCGAUGGCGGCGACCCGGGCGCUCUGGGGGAGCGGCGGCGGCGGCGGCUGGUACCGCCACCGCCGCCGCCUCCUCUCCUCCUCCUCAGCCGGCGGCGGCGGCCCCACGGCUGAGCGCGGGGAGCGGCAGGAGAGCGCGGGCCUGGGUUUCAGCCCCCCGGCACACUCCCGUAAUGACUGGAUUGGCCCCCCCGACAAGCACUCCAACCUGCGGCCGGUCAUCUUCUACGUGCCCCCCGAGGAGUCACCUCUGGAGCGGCGGCUGCGGGAGGCGCGGCAGGAGGCCCAGGCCUGCGACCAGCGCUUCUGGGCGCGGCACAACCGCACCUUCCGCCAGGAAAAAGAAGAAUUUAUUUAUUCAAGACUGAAAGCCAAGGGUGUGGAAAUGAGAGAUGAAACAGGUCAAAAAGCAACACUGAACGUGGAAGAAAUGGCUGACUUUUACAAGGACUUUCUAAGUAAAAAUUUUAGAAAGCAUAUGGAGUACAACAGGUGACCAGCUAUGCCCUUUCCAACACACGAAUCCUCAUACAUGCACAAACAAAUCUCGCCCAUAGCACAGCACUGGCAGGAAAUUCUUCUAGAUAGCUUGAUGAUCAGCUUUACUUCUGAAACAUGAGAUAUGGUUACAAUAAUUUUAUCUUACCUGAUUCCAAAUACAAUUGGUCAUAAAACUACUCAUGACUUAACUUUUUUACAGUUAAGCUCUCAGUGGUUGUAGCCCUACGGUCUACAUGUAAUCUCUUCAUGGAUGUGGAUAUUCACAUAGACGUUUUCAUAGGUUAUUUAACUCUAAUUAAGCAGGAAAAGCAUUGCCACAAAGAAUGGAAAAUGAUGUUGUUACUGAAUUGUCAUUUGUCAAUGCCAAAGGAUAUUUUAAUAUAAUCGUGUACCUUUCUCCUGUUCUUGUUCUGUGUGCUGAUGAUUUUCCUGGCUUUGGAAUCCUAGAGAUUGGUAUAAACGUAACUUUACUAUCACAUUCCUCAUGGGACAAGUAGCACUGGCGAGAGCUCUGAGGUGGCUUCGUUGGAAAAAGAAAAAUGUUGGAAAUUAGUGAUCACAGCUCCAUGAAGAAUGCAACACUAGCUAGGCCUGCUAUAAAUUUGCUAUUUAUAGUGAUCUUCAGAAUCUGAAUGACUAAUGUAAUAAUUGCUGAAUCUAUUUGUUAAACUAUGUAAAUAAAAGUUACCAUUGGUAUUAAUUUAUAA